GUUUACCAGACGCUAAGACAGACACCGCGUGGACGGUUCCGGGGUUCGACUACAUUAAUCCAUCAAAAUGAGUAUUAAGGAUGGCAAGUCCGCUCCGCAACCGACGCCGAAGCCACCGGAGGAGCCGAAGCCGUUGCACGUCCGGCUUCUCAAGUUCCUCUUCGGCCACGUUGGGAUGUUCCUCCUGGUGGGCACUGUGGCGGCGGUCGGGGCGUGGGCGUUUGUAUGCAUCGAGAGGGAUUCCGAGGAGCAGCGAUUCCAAGUGAAGAGGACUAAGGCCAAGGACAUGGGAGACGCCAUGAACUACUUGACCUCCUACUGGUGGCACCUGGCUGCAGAGCCAAACCUCACCUACAGCAAGUGGGAAAGAAAGAUCAAAGAGCACUUGGGAACCAUGGAGGAAUUCAUCAUCGACGCGGUUGAAACCUACAACUACGACGGCACGGUGGACGGCUGGACGUACGACUGGACCUUCUCGAAGGCGUUGCUUUUCACCAUCACCAUCAUGACCACCAUUGGCUACGGACACAUUGCACCGAAAACUAGCAAAGGCCAGAUGUUCACCGUCAGCUACGCUAUGAUCGGCACGCCACUGCUCCUCGUCUUCCUGGCCAACAUCGGAGACGGCAUGGCCAGCGUGUUCACCUACACUUACAGCCGCCUGUGCUGCCGAUGGUGUCGCAGCACGCGCUAUCAGUCUGAAAGGGUCGCCGGAAAGAAAACCAAAAGAUUGAGCGAUGACACGGUGGGCAAGGAGCCUUACAUGCCAACUGACGAGGUGCAAGUCCCGAUUGUGAUCACUCUGGUGCUCAUCUUCGCCUACUUGGCUGUCGGCGCUCUCAUCUUCACCAAUUGGGAGGGCUGGGAAUUUACUUCCGCCUACUACUUCAGCUUCGUGACCCUCUCGACCAUCGGCUUCGGCGACAUGGUGCCGGGUAACAGUUUCUUGGACAGAAAGGACGGUUUCAUGGCCGCUGUCAAAAUGGGUGUGACCAUUUGCUACUGCCUAAUUGGCAUGGCUCUCAUCAGCAUGUGCAUCCAGAUGAUGCAGGAGCAGAUCACCACCAAGGUGCGCUGGGCCGGCCUCGAACUGGGCCUGAUUCAGUCGGAGGAGGACCAGCGGAGGGUCGUGCGGAUGCGCAGGACCAAGCGCGGGGCCGUUCCAGAGACUGACUACCUGGCCGACGAUAGCCUGUCCCGUCCCGUCACCAGCGAGAAAAGGCGAAGGCGACGCAAGAAGCGCAGGGAGGCGGAGGCGCUCGGCGACCUAGAGGGAGGGCGUGGGCACGAAUCCCAGCAGCCUCCGCCGCAGGCGCCGAUGCCAGCACCACCUCGGGCACCUGUCAGCGACGACAGCAGUGAUGACAUCUUUAACCUGGCCUGAGGUCUCCUGUAGGGGAGGCGUGGUGUCAGAGAAGGGAGCGAGGUGAUGAGCGCCCCCUAGUGGAAUGUUUAAAUUUGUUAACAGUUGUUCCGGACACCUCAAAUUCAAUAAUUGUGUAAAAGUCAGUAAGAUGCCACUUGGCUCAUCUUAUCACUACCUUGCAGUCCUCGGAUUCUGAAAGCAGUUUUGACGAUAUUUGUGCCUUAAGUUGCUUUUGCAUUGGCUAGGACUGUGAUAUGAAGCAAUCGCCUCGCACGAGCCAAGCUAGCUACGAAGGGCGAUGACAGCACGGACGCCUGGUUUCACUAUGAACCCUCUGUGUCUUAGCCGUUGCCCAGCUGUUGUUAUACUUGGCUGUAGUCCACACGUCAUUUUCAACGGAAGUAUCUGCGACGUGAAUGACCCAUGCAUGAACUUGGCCUUGACCCUGGCAAUGAUCCUGUUGAACUUGGCCUUGACCCUGGCGAUGAUCCUGUUGACUUCGAUUGCAUACGUGUUCCCUCGUUUGAACCUAUGCGCCGCUUUUCCGUUGAUCGUCUGUGAUGUUUUGACUAACGCUUGCACCCAGCCCGCCGGGCUGGGUGCGGGUUUAGCCCUGACCCCGUGACCUUGGCAACUGAAAUUCACGGCCAAGAUCACGCGGUUACCCAGCAUUAGUGGCUUCGGCGAUGAGUCAAGUCCACACCCCAGGGAAGUGCAGGUAUUCUCGCGUCUGGGGAUGUCAAAUGUACACGUGCCAAAUGGGUUCCGACACCUCCGUUACACGAGACCUUCUUCUUCUCUUGUGUGACGAUGGUGCUUCGUUGAACCCUCUGCAGUCCCCUGGGGUAGGUUCUGUCUCCGCUUGCUAUAGCCAGUGAUUGCUUGUUCG